GUUGAGGUUAUGUUUUUUAAUGUACCUACAGAAGCAAGAAGUGGAAGCUACAACAAGAGAAUUAAAUUGAGAAAUGUUUCAAUAAAAGAUUAGCUGAUAUUAUAAAUAAAAGUAAGAUUUUCAGAGCAAUGAUCAGGGCCGGAUUACAACGUCUCGCUAGUGUGUUUAACAACCAAGGUGGAAUUCUUUCCCGACUUAUAACACAAAAUGCUCCAGCCCAGCAUCAACCAAUUGCUGAUACGACAAAGGAUGUUAUCACAACAUGUAACAAAUUAAUUGAAGAAAAAUCUCAUCGCAAUUUUGCUAUAAUACAUUUGCUGGGGAAACAGUGGCGGGUGACGGACGGGGAUCUGCUAGUUGUGGAGGGUUAUUGGCCACCUAACAUUGGUGAUAAGAUUACAUUGGACAAAGUUUUGUUGGCUGCAUCAAAAGAUUUCUCGCUCAUCGGCAGACCAUUGGUCCAACCAGGAUUAGUCACAGUGACUGCAACAAUCAUAUCAAAAGGUCUCUCACACACAAGAACACACUUCAAGAAGAAAAGAAGGAAGCAGUUCAUGAGAAUCAAUUUCCAAAAAGCUCAGCAAACUAUACUGCGAAUUAAUAAUGUAGACAUCAAGAAUAACAUUAAUGACGCUCCAAAGAACGUAUUUUAGUUGAUAAUUAAUUCAGUAGUUUAAUAAAAUGCCUUAACUCGACACAA